GUAGAAUUCCAUACUCCAAGCAAAAUAUUUAGAAGAGAGGUUAUUAACCUAUUUGUUGAUGUGGUAAUGAUGAAGAAUUUAGUUGGUGCAAUUAAUGGAUCAAAGACAAUUCCAGGAAGGCAAUAAUGUUUACACAAAUAUUGAUUGAGCUACAUUUACUUUCAAGCAGGGUGUCCUUUGAGAAUUUAUAGUUCCAGGAAGAAUGUUCAAUGUGCUUUUGCUCCACCAGUACUCUGCCAAUGCACGCUGCUUAGCUAUUCACCUGUGACUUGUAAGAUGCCCUAUGUAUUUAGCAAUAAGCUAAAACACUUUAUCCCUUGGGAGAAAAUCAUGCCAGGAAAGUAAAGCCUGCUUGGUCUUUUUGUCACCUUGAAGCCCUUUCGCAAUUAUCUGUCUCCUGAGGGUUUAAAAAUGUCUUAAGAGAAUCAUCACAUGCUACAUAAAUAACAAAUGUAUAAGCUGGAGUUUCCUAAGUCUCUGGAAAAUAAAAGCUGGGACCCCAUCAGCAUUCACUCCAGUCUGCUUUGUUCUUCUCUCCAGCAGCAAUUCUGCAGACUGUUAUUCUGGAGAGGUUAACAGUCAGACCACUAAAAGAAAACUCAACACACCGGUGUUUUCACCUGCUGGCUAAGUGUGUUGGAGGCAACUGAAUGAAAUAGCUAUCCCAAAAAGAGGAGGAAAAACAUUUACAGAAGAGGCAGAAAUACCUGGAGGAUGUCUAGGAUCAGUGCCUCGCCAUUUUUCAAACCCCUUGAUCUCAGAUCUCCACAGAACUCCCUUGGGCACCAGCGUCGACACACUCUUCCUGCAAGUGAAUUCCGGUGCCUCACACCUGAAGAUGCCAUUGGGGUGUUUGAAAUUGAGAGAGAAGCCUUUAUUUCAGUGUCAGGAGACUGCCCCCUCCACCUGGAUGAGAUUCGCCAUUUUCUUAACCUGUGCCCUGAGCUGUCACUUGGCUGGUUUGAAGAAGGCCAACUAGUUGCAUUCGUUAUUGGCUCCCUCUGGGACCAGGAAAAACUUAGCCAGGAUGCGCUGACCCUACACAAGCCCCAUGGCACCACAGUCCACAUACAUGUUCUGGCAGUACAUUGCACUUUCCGCCAGCAAGGCAAAGGGUCCAUCUUGAUGUGGCGCUACCUACAGCACCUAUGCUCCCUGCCCUAUGUGCGUCGAGCCACGCUGAUGUGUGAGGACUUUCUUAUUCCCUUUUAUUCGAAGUGUGGCUUUAAAGUGCUAGGCCCCUGUGAGAUCACUGUUGGUUCACUGAAUUUCAUUGAGAUGAACUAUGCUAUUUGGGCUCAUGCCUUUAUGCGCAGAAAUAGUGGCUGCUGAGAUAACAUCUCCCCUUCCUAUUCAUUUCCAACGAUCUGGCUAGAAAACAAAACAACAUUUCCUGUGAUUCUCAGUCCUUUAGAUGGGGCUGAAGUCUAGUGAAUCAAGGAAGUCCUGAAAGGUAAGACCCUGGUCAUCCAUAAAUAUAAGAGCCUUCUAAUUCAGCAGUAUCAGGCAAAUCUACUUUUCAGUCUGUGUAGACCAGUGCUUCU